GGGAGUAGUAUUGUAACAAUAAAACACAAAAAAAUAAAACAAACAAAAUAACUAACUCAGGCGGCGCAACAUGGAGACCGUCCCAGAUCGUCUCCCUCUUUCUUCUUCUUCUCCCGCAGAUGCUUCUUCUCUACUCGACUUCUACACUAUCCCCAGUCACUCCUUUUGGUUUUCGUGGGAUUCUAUUCACGAAACAGAGAGAAUCGAGCUUAGGGAGUUCUUUGAUGGGAGUUCGUUCACGAGAACCCCUAAAAUCUACAAGGAGUAUAGGGAUUUCAUUAUUUGUAAGUACAGAGAAGAGCCUUCUAAACGGCUAACGUUUACCGAGGUUCGUAAAUCGUUGGUGGGUGAUGUUUGUAUUCUUAAUAAAGUGUUUAAUUUUUUGGAUAAAUGGGGUUUGAUUAAUUUCAGUGCUCCUCCGCCGCCGGGGCCGGCGGCGGCGGUGGAGGUGGAAGAAGGUGUGGUGGAGGGUCCGAAGGUGAGGGUUGAAGAAGGGGCGCCAAUUGGGGUACGGGUUGUGGGGACUCCGAAUACGUUAAAACCGUUGAAGGCGCCAUUGUCUGUGGCCGGUGGUGGCGAUGAAGGUGGCGGUGGUGGAGGAAGGAUUGAUAACGGGUUUAAAUUGCCGCCGUUAGGUUCAUAUUCGGUUGUUUUUGAGGAUGUGGAGGGAGAAAAAGGGCUGGUAUGUGGGAAUUGUAAGGAAAAGUGUGAAUCCAAGUGCUAUGAAUGCACUAAGCAGGAGAAAUUUAUACUAUGUUUGAAGUGCUUUGAGAAAGGUGCAUACGGGGAAACCAAGUCUUUGGAUGAUUUCAAGUUGAAUGAUAGCAUUGAAAACAGUGUCAAUCAAGCAGGUUUGUGGACUGAGACAGAGACUCUUCUUCUUUUGGAAUCCAUCCUGAAGCAUGGGGAUGAUUGGGAACUAGUUGCUCAAAACGUGAAGACAAAAACUAAGCUUGAAUGUAUUUCACGGCUCAUUGAGUUGCCAUUUGGGGAACUCAUGCUGGGUUCCCAUGGAAAGUUAUCUGCCAGGGCUGUUGUUGGUGGCAGUGAUGCUGGUCAAGAGCAGAAGGCCUCUAGUAUAACCCAAGAAAAUAGCAAGAUGGAGCUCUGUUAUCAUCCGGACAAUCAACAUCUGGAGAACAAUCAUCAGCAAGAUAUUGUUGUAAGGGAGAGUACCGAGGAGACAGAGAACCUGGAGCCUCCUUCAAAGAAAAGCCGCAUUGAUUCUUCAGAUCCUAGCAGGUCUUUAAUGGAACAGGUAGCUCUCAUUUCCACCAUGGUUGCCCCUCGAAUAACUGCAACAGCUGCUGAUGCUGCUGUCUCAGUUCUAUGUGAUGGAAACCCCUUGUUGAGGGAGGUUUUCUAUUCAGAUGAGCAUGCUUCCAUAGACGAGCAGAAAUCGGGCAAUCUCGGUAUGGAAAUGGAAAGGGCUUUUCAAUCUGAGGAUCAAGAAAUGAAGGACGCAUCUAAUCCUUCAGAGAUGGACAAGAUAUCUUCAGUAGGAGAAUCCAUUCCUUUAGCCUUAAGGAUGAGAGCAGCAGUUGCUACAGCGCUUGGAGCAGCUGCUGCUCAUGCCAAGUUAUUGGCUGAUCAGGAAGAAAGGGAGAUUGAACACUUGAUGACCUUCAUUAUUGAAACCGAGUUGAAAAAAUUACAAUGCAAAGUGAAGCACAUGGAGGAUCUAGAACAUAUGAUGGAGAAGGAACAUGUACUCUUAGAGGAGUCAAAGGACGAUAUAAUCGCACAGAGGGUGGCCACUUUGGGAAAAAUCUUCGACGCAGGAAUAUCCCGUCCAAGGGAUCAUAAUUUGUAGAAACUGCAGUUAGUUAGUGUAAAGCACCCGGUUGUGGUUCGUUCUUUGAAGAAAUUUAUGCGAAGUUCAUGGCUGGUUUUCCGGGAUGCCGUGAAAGGUAGGAAUUCGAUUUCCUCCAUGUUGUAUCCAUAAUUGUCCCCCUAUUUAGCAACUACCUGAUAAAUAGCUGAGCAGCCAUUGCAUAUUUGGGCUUCAAAUGUAAACAGAUGGUGUAAAGAUUAAAAUUUGUUGCUUUUGAAUGCUCAUUUUAUUAAUUUAUUUCAGAUCA